AUGGCCAUUAAGCUUGACAUGUCAAAAGCUUAUGAUAGGAUAGAGUGGUCUUAUUUGAGAGCAGUCAUGGUUAAAAUGGGAUUAUGUGGGAAAUGGAUAGAGUUGAUAUUGAAGUGUGUGUCUACUGUUUCCUAUUCUGUCCUUGAUAAUGGGAAACCUAGUUGCUUAAUCAAACCUUCGAGAGGAUUAAGGCAAGGAGACCCUCGGUCUCCUUAUCUGUUUAUCCUAUGUGUUGAGGGGCUUAGUUCUUUGAUCAACAAUUCAGAUCUUAGAGGUGCGACAAGGGGUGUGACUGCUUCUGGUCAGUUCCUCAACAAGGACAAAACUGCUGUCUUUUUUAGUUCAAACACUAAGGAAGUUGACAAGAGAUUGAUAUUGGAGGAAGGUGGGGCAGUGCUGAGAGGGAAUUAUGAGAAUUAUUUGGGGCUUCCUGUUGUUGUAGGGCGUUCAAAAUAUAAUGCUUUUAGAGGCAUUAAGGAGAAAGUUUGGAGAAAAAUCAACAACUGGAAGAAUUCUUUUUUGUCUGCUGUAGGGAAAGAGGUACUCAUCAAAGCUGUUCUUCAAGCUGUGCCUACUUACACUAUGAGUGUUUUUCAGCUCCCUAAACAACUCUGUAAAGAACUUAAUGUCAUGCUGGGCAGGUUUUGGUGGGGUAAUCAAAAAAGUGGUAAUGGAGUGCAUUGGUGUAGCUGGGAAAGGAUGGGGAAACAGAAGGGAAAAGGAGGGCUGGGGUACAGGGGUUUAGAGAGCUUCAAUUUGGCUCUAUUAGCCAAACAAGGGUGGAGAAUCCUCCAAAAUGAGACUCCCAUAGCUGCCAAGAUCCUGAAAGAGAAAUACUUAAAAAACAAGUCAUUGCUUGAAGCUAGUCUGGAGCAUAGACCUUCAUUUAUGUAG